AUGGUCGCGCUGCUUGGGCCAGCUCCUCUUUCACGCCUGCUCUUCAUGGAGAAUGCAGAUAUGUCAGAGGCAGAGAGUUUGGAGGAGCUUCGUCUUGCCGAGAGCCGGCGCUCCAAAGCCCUCCAGGAUCUCCACUCUUUGCUCCAGAGACACCAAGCUGCUCCAUUCAGGCAUGGAAUCAUGCAUCGAGCUGGACAGCUGCAGGCAGCGCAUUUGGCUGAGCUGCGUCGCGAGCUGCAGAGCAAGCUUGAGGCAGAGAUGCGCGCAGAGCUCACCAAGGCAAAGUCGCUGCCGGCUCACAUCUUUGGACAGGACCGCGGAGCCUUGGCAGCAGAGCGACUGCGUUUUCAGCAGGAGGUGGAGGGGCAGCGCAGGGAGUUGCGCGAACAGGAAGAGGAGCUUCGACAUCGACUGGAAGCCGAGUGGCAGAGGAUGCGCUGGGACUUCGAGCGACGUGCCAAAGAACGAGCGCGUCAGGACUUGGAGAACGUGGCCAAAGAGAUUGUCGAGCAAACUGAAGCGGAGGUAGCGCAGCAGACAGGAGCCAAGCGAGGAAGACGAUGCAAUGUCAUAUGA